AUGGUGAGAAAUUAUAAAAGAAAAACAACAAAGAGUUCCUAUAGCAAGGACAAGUUGCAUGCAACUGUACUGGCAGUCCGAAAUGGUACAUUAACUGGAUAUAAAGCAGCACAACUCUACCAAAUUCCACGGAUGACUAUCAUGGACCAUGUCCACAAAAAAAGUUCUUCAAGUACACUAGGGAGAAAAACUACUCUGCCUUUGUUGAUUGAACAAAAUCUCGCUUCCUGUCUCCGUACAAUGGAAAAAUAUGGUUUUGGCCUUAGUAGGGCAGAAGUAUCCCAGAUGGUUGGAGUUGUUGAAUACGCUCGGAAAACAGCGGUUGACCCAUUUGUGGUUUAUGAGUACUUUGAUUUACUCAAAACAACUAUAAUGGAAUUAGGUUUAGCAGACAAGCCUAAUGCAAUCUGGAACUUAGACGAGACCAGUUUUCAAAAGACCCUUCGAAAACCAAAAUUGUAG